GUUUGAGGGCGGGGCCGGCCCUGGGCGCCCGCUGCUGAAAUCGACAUUUGCCUCCCGCCGGAAAAUGAAUUUGUCAGUUUCUGUCUCUGUCAGACCCUCAACCCACUGGAGCCGGGGAUCUCCGUAGCUAUUUUUAAAUUUUAUAUCUCAGGCAUCUGGAGCAAAAGUCGGUGCAAGGCUACACCAGGUGCCCACAUCAAACCGCGCUGAAAAGAGGCCGGAGCGGGGCUUCCCGGCCACCGGCUCCCCACCUCCCGGGACUUCCAGGGUCUUCCCACCCCGCCCCUCCCAGCCCCGAGGGCGUCACGUGGCGGCGCGGGGCCCGCCUCCCCUGACGUCACCGCGCUCGCUGCCGUCGCGCUAAAGAAAGGAUGCUCUAGGAUGCUGUGCAGGUGGGCGGCUGGCCUGCGCCAUGCGGCAAUGCAGGUGUAAGUAGCAUGGUCCAUGCGGGAGUGAUGAGCGGUUCUGGAAACCUGAUGGAUUUCCUCGACGAGCCAUUCCCUGACGUGGGGACCUAUGAGGACUUCCACACCAUCGACUGGCUGAGGGAAAAGUCCAGGGACACUGACCGCCACAGAAAGAUAACCAGCAAGAGCAAGGAGUCCAUAUGGGAGUUCAUCAAGAGCCUGCUGGACGCCUGGUCAGGAUGGGUGGUGAUGCUGCUCAUCGGCCUGCUGGCGGGCACCUUGGCCGGGGUCAUCGAUCUCGCCGUCGACUGGAUGACCGACCUGAAGGAGGGCGUCUGCCUCUCUGCCUUCUGGUACAGCCACGAGCAGUGCUGCUGGACUUCCAACGAGACCACCUUUGAGGACAGGGACAAGUGUCCCCUGUGGCAGAAGUGGUCGGAGCUGCUGGUGAAUCAGUCGGAGGGAGCCAGUGCUUACAUUCUGAAUUACCUAAUGUACAUCUUGUGGGCGCUGCUGUUCGCGUUUCUGGCCGUCUCCCUGGUACGAGUGUUCGCGCCUUACGCCUGCGGUUCUGGUAUACCAGAGAUCAAAACCAUCUUGAGCGGCUUCAUCAUCAGGGGCUACUUGGGGAAGUGGACCCUGCUGAUCAAGACUGUCACCCUGGUGCUGGUGGUGUCCUCGGGCCUGAGCCUCGGCAAAGAAGGGCCGCUGGUGCACGUGGCCUGCUGCUGUGGCAACUUCUUCAGCAGCCUUUUCUCCAAGUACAGCAAGAAUGAGGGCAAGAGGCGCGAGGUGCUGUCGGCUGCGGCUGCUGCCGGGGUGUCGGUCGCCUUUGGUGCUCCGAUCGGGGGUGUGCUUUUCAGUCUGGAAGAGGUCAGUUACUACUUUCCCUUGAAGACCUUGUGGCGGUCCUUCUUCGCAGCCCUGGUGGCAGCCUUCACGCUGCGGUCCAUCAACCCCUUUGGGAACAGCCGCCUGGUGCUCUUCUACGUGGAGUAUCACACGCCCUGGUACAUGGCCGAGCUCUUCCCCUUCAUCCUGCUCGGGGUCUUCGGGGGCCUGUGGGGGACCCUCUUCAUCCGCUGCAACAUCGCCUGGUGCAGGAGGCGCAAAACCACCAGGCUGGGCAAGUACCCGGUGCUGGAGGUCAUCGCCGUGACCGCCAUCACCGCCAUCGUCGCCUACCCCAACCCCUACACGCGCCGCAGCACGAGCGAGCUCAUCUCCGAGCUCUUCAACGACUGCGGCGCCCUCGAGUCCUCGCAGCUCUGCGACUACAUCAACGACCCCAACAUGACGCGGCCCGUGGACGACAUCCCUGACCGGCCGGCGGGGCUCGGGGUUUACACGGCCAUGUGGCAGCUGGCGCUGGCGCUCAUCUUCAAGAUCGUCAUCACCAUAUUUACCUUCGGCAUGAAGAUCCCGUCCGGCCUCUUCAUCCCCAGCAUGGCCGUGGGGGCCAUGGCGGGCAGGAUGGUGGGCAUCGGCGUGGAGCAGCUGGCGUACCAUCACCACGACUGGAUCAUCUUCAGGAACUGGUGCCGGCCCGGAGCAGACUGCGUCACCCCAGGGCUCUAUGCCAUGGUGGGGGCGGCCGCCUGCCUAGGUGGAGUUACCAGGAUGACGGUGUCGUUGGUGGUUAUCAUGUUUGAGCUGACGGGUGGCCUGGAGUACAUCGUGCCUCUGAUGGCGGCGGCCGUGACCAGCAAGUGGGUGGCCGAUGCCUUUGGGAAGGAAGGCAUCUACGAGGCCCACAUCCACUUAAACGGGUACCCGUUCCUGGACGUGAAGGACGAGUUCACCCACCGCACGCUGGCCACCGACGUCAUGCGGCCCCGGCGCGGGGAGCCGCCGCUGUCGGUGCUCACGCAGGACAGCAUGACCGUCGAGGACGUGGAGACGCUCAUCAAGGAGACGGACUACAACGGCUUCCCCGUCGUCGUCUCCAGGGACUCGGAGCGCCUCAUCGGCUUCGCCCAGAGGAGGGAGCUGAUUCUGGCAAUAAAGAACGCCAGACAGAGGCAGGAGGGCAUCGUCAGCGACUCCGUCAUGUACUUCACGGAGGAGCCCCCCGAGCUGCCGGCCAACAGCCCACACCCUCUGAAGCUGCGGCGCGUCCUGAACCUCAGCCCUUUCACGGUCACGGACCACACGCCCAUGGAGACGGUGGUGGACAUCUUCCGGAAGCUGGGGCUCCGCCAGUGCCUGGUGACGCGGAGCGGGAGACUUCUUGGCAUCAUCACAAAAAAGGAUGUUCUGAGACAUAUGGCCCAGAUGGCAAACCAGGACCCUGAAUCUAUCAUGUUUAAUUAGAAACAAGAUGGCAUUUACUUUGUGAAAAACACAACUGUGUCAUUUUAAAAGAAAUAAACAAGUGACGUGUUAUUAUCCUAAGGAACGAUCAUGUGCUGGGGGCAGUGGAAACAAAAGCUUUGUUUGAAAGCAUGGGAAAAAGAAUGAAACUUAAAAAAAAAACCAAACCAUCAUCGAGUAGGCAUUUUAUAGCUUUAACCCCUUGUGAAUUUCAAGCUGUGUCUUAUGCGUUUAGCGACUGCCGAGGGGGCAUGGGGGUGGAUAUGAACAGUGUGGUUUGUACAAGGACAUGGAACACAGUUGCUGAGUCACGACACAUUUGCCCCUUCUGUUGAAGGCUGAUGUUGGCGAAGCUUUGAGUCUGAAAGGCCAAGGGGCAGUGGCUUGUCAGCAUCCUUAUUUAUUGGUCCCUGCAGUUUUGCUGCUAUGUUACUGAAUCAGACUAAAGAUAUUUGCACUUUGUUGGAAAAGAAGAAGAAGUUCAAGGCGAACACAGUGAACGCUGCAAGCGUGCCCGUGGAUUCGCUCUCGACCAUCCAUUGCUGGCUCCUGUUCUCAGCCUGUUACUUCGCUGUUUCUGUUUCUGUAUCUCUGUUUCUGAACCAACAUCGGCUCAUCUGCCGUGUUGAGCAUGAAGAAAUCCUUUCUCUCAAGACCAGCAUCUUGGGACUGCACGUUGCACUGUUGGAGCAUUCAGUGUUGCACUGUGUUUCUUGCCACAAAAAGGGAUUCAUCUUUGUUUGGAGGGUGUACGUACCUGUCCUAGAUUCACCUCCCCGUUGCAUUUGCUCCAUUUAUUUAUUGCUCUUGCCUGUGCAUUCUUAAAUAUUGAUCAGUCCAGCAUUUUUCACGGGCCCUGUCCUGUAUUCUGCCAGCUUGCCAUAGUGGCUUUAAUUUCCAAAUAGCAUAUACAAGAGUCAAAACAGGCUAUCCAGUGUUACUACUUAUUUUUCCGCACAGCUCUUAUUAAAGACGGCUGCAGAGAGAGUGAGGCAGAUGAGUUCUCAGUGGGAACUCCUCCAAAAUCUAAAUCUGUUCCAUUCUUUUCUCUGUAGGAUGCAAAACAUCCAGCUUUAGCGUAGAAGCAUGCAUUUUCAUAUUCGCAAUCAAAGCACAGAAGGACAGAGUUAAAUUUGAGACAGCCAGUUCGAGCUUUGGGCAUCAUUGUAUUGAAUGUAAUGAUACAUUUAUUCUUUUAGUCAGGACUUCUGUCUUGUUGGCGGGCAGAGAAGUAAGCUGUGUGUUUUUGGGCCCCGUGUGAUCUCUGGAAGACUGAGCUUGCUUACCCUUUCACUCGAGUCUUUGUUCUUCCCUCUCACUGAGUCAGCCUCAUCCUUUCCAAUCUCAUUGGAUAUCGAUGUAUUCUGUGUGCAUUUGGCUGCAGAUGUUAGAAAACCGAACACUCGAUGAAGAGCUAAGGAGCCUGGGAGUGGGCACUCGGGCCUGUCUCUAUGAUGUAGAUGACCCACUCUCUUUGGCAUUUUUUCCUCGCCCUCCUUACCCCUUGUCCUUUGGCCUAUCCUGCCUCAUAGUCCCAAGAUGGGUCAUGGAACCGCCAGGUCUGACGUCUGCCUCCUAAGCAGAAAGGGAGAAGAGGCAAGUGACAGGGUACAAUGUCUGUGUCGUGAAAGCAAAGCUUUCCCAGAGAGGCUCGGCUAACCUCCAUUGGUUAGAACCUGUCACGUGGCUCCCCCAGCCGCAUGUGAGUCUGGGAAGGGAAAUGCUUACCAGGUAGGCACAUGCUCUGAAUGGUGUUCUCUAAAUAAGGCAGGGGUUGGUCCUUGGGAGGGGAACAUUGCUCUAUCAGAUGUUCUUGUGUAUCCCUGUCAUUGUCCUACCUGCCUCCUUCCCUCUCCUGCCCACCUCCUCCAAAUACUCUCUUAGGACCUUACAGUGGCCCACCCCUCCCCUUGGAUUUGACAUAGAACUCCCAAUCAAAAUCAUUUCUCAGCCCUAAUAAAAAUGUUCAUUCUGUUUGAAAACCUA